UGAGCGACGUGUGAAAGUGAAAGUAUCACAAUCUCAGCCUGUUACAUUUAUUUACUCUAUAUGUACACUGGGUGGCGCUAUUCUGGGGCAAUGUGCUCGUCUAUAUAAUCAAUUAGAUGAUUAUUGACAUCAACCAACACAUAAGCCUUUAUUACCGCAACAUUGAACGUGUCGUGGAUCAUACCUGCAAUGGAGGUCAACGUAGAGGUCAUUGAGCUUGUAAGACCAGCGCGUCAGAUCAAUCCAGAGUUAACAACACCUUUGUAGCCUAAGUAGCAGACUGGGCUCCUUGCACACUGUAAUUAAAGCAAUGUUAGUUAAGUCAACAAAGCAUUUCACCUAAUCCCAUAUCAUUUACAUGACCUCAGUGUCAUAUACAGAACAUGCAAAAACAAAAUGUGUCAUCAAUUGGCUUUCUAUCUGUUUUGAAACACAGAUAGAGAGUGGUGUCAAUCAGUCUUUAAAUUCACUAUUUUUACAAUUCUCUCGAGAAAGUUAUUUUCAAACCAGUCAGACCCUUUUGGCAUCACGUUGUUUUACUAUCUUGCUUAGUAAUGCAGUUAAAUGAACUAACAUGUUUUCUGGCUCUGAUGACUUUAUAACAGAACAAAGAAGGAGUUCGAGUCACUCUCUCAGUCCAGUGGUUGGAGGGAUUUCAACAGCAGAACAAACAUAAAAAUAAAAUGGAACUAGAGAAACUUCUUCAGACUUGGGCCAACAAAGACACGGGUAUAACCAACGGAUACUUCCACGUGUCACAUGUCAAUGAAGAUGGGACUGCUGUGGUUAUAUUUAAACCUGCCUCAGCCCAGAGUACGCUUAAGAAACUAAAUGGACAACAACUGAAGGGGCGAGAUGGAAAAACAGUCAACAUAUUGUCUGUUUCUUUCCCAACGCGAGAGGUUGAAACAACAGCACCAGAGGACGCUUCCAUCAAUCCUCUUCCUUCCUCUGUGUCAGAGCAACAUGGUAAGGAAGUGCAACCUCCAGUGCAGCCGAGUGCAGUUUGGACAGCAGGAGAGGAGGAAGUUUGUUGCUCUGUCCCAGUGAACCAUUUCUGGUACCUGAACCACAUCUACAAGGAAGAAAUUAAACGUAUAGAGAAACAAAAUGGUGUAAAAAUCAUGGCAGAAGUAAAUGUGACAUUUCAAGGAGACCAGAAAGUUGGAAGCCCACGAAAAGCUCUCUCUGAGUACACAAGCCUUGUCCAGAAGUGCUUGGGUGAAUCAAGUGGCUCAAUUAUUCCUCUCAACAAAGUAAAUCCAGAAGAUUGGAAGGACGCAGUGAAUAUCAUCCAGAGAAAGGAAAACAAGAUUUUGCUGACAGUAUCCUCUGAAGAAAUCUCCGUAUGUGGGCCAAGUCAAGACGUCAUCAGAAAGUCCUUAACCGCAACAACACAUACCGGCACUGAUGGAGAGUCUGCAUGGAUGUCUCACACGCCACCGAACAUCGGCAUGAGCAUCAAAGACCCUCUUGUUGAUGCGGGACUAACCAUGGAGAAGAGCUCCUGGGAGCUGAUGACUACCUUCUAUGGUGACCAAGUAGCUGAGAUCAAGACUAAGUUCAAUGUGGACUUUAAAGAAUCAUUCAUUCAGGGCAAAUUCAAAGUCAAAGCUUCCUACAAAAAACAUGAAGGAAACGCGUCAAUGGAGAGCCACGCUGCCAGAGCUCUUCUUCAUCUGUACCAGAAGUUUGCCAGAUCCUUGAGCUUCAACCCCCACAAUGGUGCCAUGAGGUUCAUUGAGGGAGCCUCUGGUGGACGUGGGUUGGAUGUUCAAUCUGACACUGGAGCCGCCACAGGAGGGGGAGCAACAGCAGGCGACCCAGCAGAAGAAGAAAAGUGUCCUAUAUGCAUAGAUAAGUUCAUCAAUAAGAAACAGCUGAAGUGUAAACAUGAAUUUUGUGCAGAAUGCCUGAAAAAAUCAGAACAAAGCAUGGGAUCCAUAUGUCCUGUUUGCAAAGAUAUCUAUGGUCUGUUAGAGGGAGACCAGCCGGCUGGAGGAUUUAUGACAUGGAGACGAGACUCGUCAUCCCUCCCUGGAUUCCCGGACUGCGGCUCUAUAAUCAUCACCUAUUAUAUUCCAGGUGGAUUACAGACGAAAAAACAUUCAAAUCCUGGCAGGUCCUAUGUCAGUAUAACUAGAAUAGCAUUCCUGCCAGACAACAAGGAGGGCAGAGAAGUGCGACUCCUGUUGAAGAGAGCCUUUGACCAGAGGCUCAUUUUCACUGUUGGGACUUCCAGAACGACCGGGGACAACAACAAGGUGACCUGGAACGACAUUCACCACAAGACCAGGACUAUGGGAGGAACCCUGAGUUUUGGGUAUCCUGAUGCUGGCUACCUGGGCAGAGUCAAAGAGGAGCUGAAGGCUAAAGGCAUCGUGUGAAGACUUGCAUACAAAGUAGCAGAGGAGAAAUGUUUUCACCCCCCAAAACAUUAAGAUGAUUAUGUCGAACAAGCUAUGAAUAGAAUAAGAAUAGAAUGCCCAAAUCGUUGUGUUUUAUGCUGUGUUCCUCUUGUAAUUUUUCAUAUUAGCAGUAAGGGUUGUUUUGAGGUGUCAGACAACAUUUAGAUGUUAAGAUGUUAUGGUUUAGCCGAAUGUAUUAUCUUCACCUCCUAAGUUUGAACUUUCUUUGUUUUGGGGUUUUCUCAAUAUUUAGUUGAUUGCUAACGUGUUUCAACCUAUAACAGAAUAAUAUUUGUAUUCAUAAAUUGAAUGCUGUACACACAAUCUGAUUUAUAAUUUGUCUAAUUAAUGAUUAAACCAACCCACAUUG